CGAGCAGAUAAGCAGAACAGGCAAGGCGCAGGGGCAGAGGCACAAAGAGGGACGCCUCCAGAAUCAGGGCGUCUGCAAAGGUUCGCGGCACAGUACAACGUAGAUGCUAGCAACAAGUUCUAAGGAGCUGGUGUAUUGGCAGCAGCUAAAUUUUGACAGCCGAUUUGCGCAUGCUAAGAGCUGCUGCAGAUUUGAUCACAAGAGGAGACAAUUCAGGUUCAAAAACAGGCGGCAUAAGCGAUGCAGCCAGUCAUUGGUAAACCCCAGCAUUGCUAACUAAGACUGCACGAUGGCCACGAGAUUGAAGGCAUUCCUUGCGGGACAUGAGAAGAUCCAUAUCUUAGAUGUGCACCCAACGCAGCCGUGGGUUGUCACAGCAGAUGAAGCUGACAGUGUGGUGGUAUGGAAUUGGGAGCACCGCCAGAUCUUGUACCAAGUGAAUGCUGCCGGUGUCGAUGUGCGCCGUGUAAUUGAUACACAACUACAGAAGCUUGCUGGUGAAUCAGAUGCUGCUUUGGGAGCUGAAGGCCUCAAGGGUGGCAGUGUGACACAUGUCAAGUUCUACGACGAUGACGUCCGCUUCUGGACGGCCUGGAAGAACCGGGCGGCUGCAAGCGAACUGUCCAUCACCGAGUCUGCCCCGCAGCCUCCCAUCACCCCCUGUCCUCCUGCGCUGAGGGGCCGCCGGUUCCUGGUCACAUGUAGUCUGAACAAGGCCGUCUUCUUGGACCUUGUCACGAUGAAGGCUCGGGAUGUGCCAAAGGCUGCUCUGGACAACAAGGCACCGCUUUGUGUGGAGUUCCUCCCAAAGACAACUGGCUCGGAGGGGCCCUUCGCUGCUUUUGGAGGACCGGAUGGAGCCAUCCGUGUGCUGUCCAUGGCGACAUGGCAGCCGUUCAAGCGGCUGACUGGUGGUCAUAAGAAUGCGGUGUCAUGUAUGCUGACAUAUGCGACAAGCCAAGGGGAGACUCAACUGGUGACGGGCGGCUCGGAUGGUUCCUUGGUGUUCUGGAACCUCGACAGCGGGGUUUCGACCGUGAAAGACGGAGGCCCAAGACUGGCGCUAAACAAGGUCCACGACGGCGGCGUCCUGAGCAUCUCCCUCGCGCGGAUGGUCGGCGCGGCGCCGCAGCUCAUCACGACGGGCGUGGACAAGUCGCUGGCCAUCUUCGACACGAUGACGCUCAAGGAGAUGCGCCGCAUCAAGCAGACGAUUGGCAAGCUGGCUUGCCACAGCGUGUGUGCGUGGUCGCACCCCCGGGCGCCCACGUUCGAGAGCCUGGUAGCGGGGAAGGACCCCAACCUGUGGGGAGUGGACCGAGGGACAGGCGCUCGGCCGCUCGUAGACUUGAACAAGUUUGUUCCUCCCUCGGCCGUUCCUCAGGGCAAGAAACUGAAGAUCUACUCCAUGCUAGUUCACCCUCUCCAGCCCCAGCUAGUGAUUCUAGGCACCAACGCCGGCAUUGCCCUUCUCGAGUUCGACAGCAAGGCCAUCCCCGCCGCGGCCGCGCUGCCGACCCCUUCCGGCGGCAAAGAGCACACCGUCGUCUACUCUGCGCAGCGCGAGAUGCGCGCUCUGACGUUUUCCCUGGGGAGCGCCGCACGGAGAUCCGACGACCCGAAUUCGCCCACCAAAGCGAUGGCAGGCGGCGCCGCGGAAGCGUCUGCGGUGCGGCAGAGUAGGAAAAGGCUGGCCUCGGCGCUGUACGAGGAGAACGCCAAGCUGGCGGCCAGCCCGUCGGGAAACUACGUCUCGGUUCGAUGGCCUGGCCAAAACUCGUACGCCAUCUACAACUGUCGAAACUGGUCGGUGGUGGACUCGGGCGCUGCUCGGUUCUUUGCCUGGGACACCGUUCGAGACCGCUACUCCAUCCUUCCAGCCGUCGCUGUACAAAGACCUCAACUGCCCACCAAGGGCUCCUCUAAAAAGAAGGCCGAGGCCGCUGCUGCGGCCCAAGCGGCCGCCGCUGCCGCCGCUGCAGCUGCUGCGUCCGCGACCGUGGAGGUGCGCGAGAUUUUGGCGGACGGGAGCGCGGUCCUCCUCUGCAAGGCGAUUGACGGCCGCAAGGAGUCCGUCGUUGGGCUACAUGGGGGCGCCCUCCUUGGUGUUGCGUUUCGCAUCACGGUCGCCCGGGAGCGGGUAACGUCGGCUGCGGCGCUUAUCAGCAGCGCGCAAGGCGCGUACCAGGCCGCCGCUGCCGGGGGAGGCGUUGCGCCUAGUUCCGUCGGCGCGGGCCCGGACGACAACGCCGUUUUCGCUGAGUCGCCCCCUAACUUCCAGCUGUAUAGUUGGGAGACGUUCAAGCCGGUGAGCGGGCUCCUGCCGCAGCCCGAAUGGUCGGCGUGGGACGCGGGCGUGGAGUACUGCGCGCUCGUGUACAAGGCGUAUGUCGUCAUCUGCGCCGCAAGGCCUAGCUUCCGGUCCCUAGGCAGUGUGGCCAUUUCGGGUGCUGUGAGCGGGGUGUGGCACCGGCGCCAGUUCUUCGUCGCGACGCCGACGACCAUUGAGGUCGUCUUUGUGGAUAGCGGGAUUGACCCUGAACUGGAGGAGAAGAGGCUGAAGAAAAAGCAAGAAGAGGAGGAUAAGAAGUCACGGGAGAAGGCUGACCCGAACACGCUGGCUCUUGCGGUGCUGACGGUUGACGCCCCUCAGACGGCGACUCCAAAGUCCACGCUCAAAGCCCGGCCGCCACUGCUUCAGGUCGUCCGCCUCGCGUCCUUCGCCACUCCCCCAGCCGCGCCCGCCGUCGCCCGGCCCAAAACGGAGGAGAUCGCUCGCAGCCCGCUCGCCGAGCUUGAUGGCUCAGAGCGCAAGAUGGAGGUCGCCAUCGCAGGGGGCGGGCAGUCCGCGGCCGCGUCGCGGCUGCCCCCGGAGCAGCGGCGGCCGGUGGGGCCGCUCGUCGUGGUGGGGGUCCGGGAAGGGGUGCUGUGGCUGGUGGACAGGUACUUCACAGCCCACGCCCUUGCGCUGAGCCACCCGGGCAUCCGGUGCCGGUGCCUAGCAGCUUAUGGUGACGCAGUCAGCGCUGUCAAGUGGGCUGCCCGACUGGGACGGGAGCAUCACGACGACUUGGCGACGUUCAUGGUCGGCAUGGGCUACGCAAAGGAAGCGCUCCACCUUCCGGGCCUCUCCAAGAGGUUGGAGUUCGAUCUCGCGAUGCAGUGCAACGAGCUGCAACGCGCGCUGCGCGUCCUUCUGGAGCUGAGCAACAGCAAGGAGGCGCCCCCCGAGCCGCUGGCCCAGACCGCCGGGCUCGACGUCGGUCUCACCCUACUGGCGCUAGAACAGAAGCAGGCUUCCCUGACGGAGGCGGUUGCCGGGACCGCCCGGUUCGCGUCUGAGUUCCUGGCGAUCAUCGAUGCUGCUGAUGCUACAGGCCAAAAAGACAUCGCGCUUGCGGCACUGAAGCGCCUCGCGGUUGCUGGGGAAGUCGAGGGGGCGCUGAAGGCGAAGGAGCACCGGGCGCUCUCCCUCCGGCUGGCGUCCCACGGGGAGCGUGCGCGACUCGCGGUGCAGAGCAACGCGCUCAUCUCCGCCGGGCAAGGGCGCGAGGCCGCGCUCGCAGCCGCACUGCUCGGGGACCCCAAUCUGAUAGAAAAGGCAUUUGCGGACACCGGGCUCUUCCCCGAAGCAGCCUUGCACGCUCACCAGCACGGCCGAGUCAGCAGCCUUCAGCUUAUCCAAGACUGGAACAAGACGUUGCAAAAGCAGCUUCCCGGAAAGCCGGGCAAACUGCAAACACCGGGCGGGGGCAUAUUGAGUGCCAAGAAGAGCCCGUCUUUGCGACCCCCUUCUGCAACGGCUCCUCUAGUUGAAGUUGUAGCUCCUUGACCUGACCUUGUUUGACGGACUGGCCUCCCAACUCUUGAGCCGUCGUUUGCAAACAUUGGCAGGAACCCUCUAGAUUACCUCCGUUCUUGAAUCUGGGAUGAGAUCCUCUUCGUGACUUGCUGAUUGGCGUCUCUGAGAUGUAAGCCCGAUCUUGGUGGCGGCUGAAAUUGCAAGCCUACGACACGUGUAUGCAGGCAGGCUGCUCGACCAUUUGUACGUUAUAUUUCGCUGUCAUCCAAGCUGAUGGUACUGAUUUCA